CUUACAAUUAGAUCCUCUUAGAAUUAACAAAACCCAAUAUUGAAAUUUAAAAAAAAAAAAAUUAAAAAUCCACAAAUCGUCCCAAUUCUCUAAAUACAAAUUGUUCAGACGAUCCUACCCCGAGAAUUUCAUUCAGCACCGUCUCUGCAGUUGCGGAGAAUGUUCUCCCUCCAGGGAGAAUUGAAUUUGCCAAGCACCGGCUGUCAAUUACCCCGGCUGAAAUACGUUUUUUUCAAAGUCAACAACGUCGGGAUUGCGUUCUUUUAUAUUAACAAAGAACUAGUAUCAGGACCAGGGAACUCCUACAGCGCGCAUGCACCGAGCUGGUGGGGCAAGCCAUGCACGCAAACACGUAAGCUCGUGCAAUCUCGCUGCAAAUCGAUCGUCCUCUCACUUGUUACGGGGAAGUAGUGCGUAGCACUUCCCAAAAAUUUCAUCUGGUGAUCGUCCGCGAUCGACAGGGCCAGGUAGACGGUCAGAAACCGUAAGAGAAAGAGGAUGACCAAGCGUUUGGACACGGUGGGCACUAUGGCCUGCAUGAAGACCCUGCUGAUGCUGUUCAACGUCGUCUUCUGGGCGUCUGGUGUACUAAUCGUAUGCACCGUCCUUUGGAUAGAAAUUCAACUUCAACAUUACGUUGACAUAAGCAUGGACGGCGUCUGGGCGGCCUUGAUAGCGCUAGGAGGUUUCGGAUUAUUUCUGUCUUUGGCAGUAAUGCUCGCUUGCUGUUGCACGACUCGCGGUCAUCCAGCACUUCUGCAUCUGUAUGGCGCGUUCUUGGCUGUCGUCGCAUUAUUGGAGCUAGGGGUUGGUGCAUCGGUUUAUGCUAAUCGUACCUGUUUGAGAGACAAAUUUUACCUGGGUCUGAACGAAAGUAUGGCUGAAUAUGGACGGAAUGAUAUAAAACGUGAUCACAUCGACUCCAUGCAGGCUACAUUGGAAUGUUGUGGACACAAAUCUUACACCGAUUGGCUGGAAUUGUACCCGCAGAUGGCAAUUCCACUAUCUUGCUGCAAAGUAUCAAGGAAAACCUGUAACGUCAACGAAACGGAUGACAUUUAUACUCAGGGCUGUUACACCCGCGCCUUGGACUUGAUAAAUGACAACCUCGGUCUGGUCGCUGGAACAGCAAUCGGCGUAGCCUUCUUCCCGUUUAUAGGCGUCUUCUUAGCAUGUUGCUUAGCCAACAACAUCAACAAAGCCAAGUACGAGCAGGUUGCUUAGAGUUCGCGUUGCUCGCAAAAAAUUCCGAUCCAACAAUGAGAGAAAUCUGCAUCGCUCGGAAGAGCGGCAAAAUGAUCUCAGUAUCUACCCUUUAUUAAUAACAAGACUGUUUUUUCUUUUUAAUUCUUGACUCUUGACUGUUUGAGAUAUCAAGGAAAAUAGUAAUUCGAACAGGCAUUAAAAUCGCUAUGGUGGGUAUCAUGGGAUGAGAUAUCGAGAAUGUACAGUUUCGCGCGAUCGCGAAGGUAUCACGACAAAUUUUAGUAGAAAUAUGUAUGUUGUUCUUUUUUUUUUUUGUGUGUAAUUAUAAAAAAAAAACGACUCGAUAAGAUCGAACGAUCCUAUUCAGUGAAAGAUGCAGAUUCUUCGGUGCGUUUAGUUAGCUCUCUUUUAGUUAAGUCAACAAUGCAUGUGAUUUAUCAUUUUUACGUUUCGAAUGAAAUGCAUGACGCAACAUUAUAUCUGUGAAGAUAUAUCCACGGUUUGGACGGUCGAUAUGCGAACGUCACAUUAUUUUACGUUAGUUGCAUAUAUCAAACACUAUUCGCGUUUAAUAACGAUAAAAAUCAGUUGUUUUGAUAAAUAAUGCGUUUAACUUCACUUUCAUGUGAAAGUAAUCAUAAUCAAAAUUUGUAUUUUGUACGAAAUCAUUACAAGUAGAUUGCAGAACGUUAAUGCCAAAGGGGUAAUUGUUCAUUACUUAUCCAAUGGAGAAUGUUGUAUGGCAAAGGGGAAGGGUGUAUGUUUUAGGACUGUAGAAAAACUAGACGCAAGGACUAGACGCGUUAGAAAAAGGAUUUGAAAGAAUGCAAUAGAGGAUGUGAAAGAUGAUAACAGUUCGUGCCUAAAUGAAAUUUCAGGUCUCUAUGGGGCGACGGUCCAAUUAUAAACGGAUGAACAGGAUUUCUCCAGCCAAAUCAUUAGAAUUACGUUAAAAAAUUAUUUCGUUCUAUAAUCGUCAUUGUUAAAUACUCAAACUAUAUUUGUUUCGGUGCUUAGUUCCAGCAUUUGUUUCGUUCUAUAAAAUUUAUAACGUUGCAACGGAUCUGUUCGAAUUCCACGAAAUAAUUAUAAAAUUCGAAUAUACGUAUAAAUUUUGUAACGUGAACAAAUAGUAACCUAAUAACAUUUGAAACGUAUAAGUCGAGUAUCGCACAAUUUGCAUGUAUGUACUCACUAAGAACUACGCUAAUAUCGUUAUUUAUUUUUAAUCCUUUAACGCAUGACAUUUCUUAAUAUCAUAAUGUGUCUCGGUAUACAUAUACAUGUACCAUAUCUCUGGUAUCUUGUUUGUUUAUAGUGAAAUUAUCUAAAUUUUGAUUUUAUAAGAACAGAUGUUAAUAGAAUAAAUAGAAAGAAAUAAUUAAAAACUUGCUAAUAAUUUGUUAAUAUCGUUCAAAUUUUAAUGUUACAAGCAAACAAAAAUUUAAUAGAGUCCUUAAGAUUAUAAAGACCGAUUGUUAUUUUUAUACAGUAGGUACGCACAGAUUAAACGUAUAUUUUACAGUAAAUUACAAACUGUAUUACAACGAAGCGUUUAUUUUUCAAAUGUUUUGAAAACUACGAUGAAGUAGUAGAAAUCUCGUUUCUCCUGUUUUUAUAACACAGAUAGAUGCAUCUUAUAAGUUACAAUGGUGUAAUAAAAGCCAUUUCUCAAACUGUUAUGUAGAUACUACGAAAACUAAGUUCCUAGGAUUACUCAUUUUUUACAACCAAGGCACGAAGUAUUCGUAUAAGACAUUGUAUUUGUAUGAAAAUCUCAAUUAUUAAUCGUCGAAUAAAAAUCUGUACAUGUUUAUUCUA